ACUUCAACUUGGCAAGAGGGAAGCGGACCCUUCAGAGCUCAACCCUGUGGUCGUACGCGCCCGAGAUGGCGGUCGAUGGCAACCCUGACACGUGUUCCUUCACCCCUAGAGGACCCGAACCCCGGUGGUGGCAGGUCCACCUCGGCCACAAGUUUAAUGUCAUCAGUGUUGGCGUCACCAUUAGCCCAGGGUCGAUGCAGGAGUUUACGAUCUACGUGAUAGAAUUGCUGACGGACAACAAGGCGCUCUACAAGCCCUGUACGACAUUCAAGGGUGUUUUCCAGACCCACAAGGCCCUCUUCCAGUGCAACGAUGGCCUGGGCCACCCAGGACAGUUUGUGUACAUCCGCGACGACAGGGAGGAGCAGGAGUACUUUGGUCUGUGUGAGGUGGAGGUCUUCGCUUUCAGAGAGCGAAUCCCAUGUGGAGAGCCAGAGGUUCCAGUUGAGGGGGAGGUGAUCCGCCAGGGGGAGGCCAAGGCAGAGUACUCCUGCAGAUCGGGCUUCAGGCUUGAGGGCGACCAAGUUCUCACUUGCUCCUCCAAGGGCAAGUGGCAAGGGCAAACUCCCAGGUGCAAAGAGUCGCAGUGCCCAGCUCCUUCCCAUGUCACUCAUGGGUUUAUAGAGGUAGCCAACUUCCGUGGAGUCUAUGGCUAUGGCACAGUGGCCACAUAUACCUGUAACCCCGGCUACAUCCUCAAAGGAAAUACCACCCGCACUUGUGACCAUACUGGCAAGUGGACAAACGAAGCUCCUAUCUGUCAAGCUGUGACAUGUGGGCCACCCCCAGUGUUCCCUCAUGCCCGCCACACCCUCAUCAAUGGCUCAACGAACUGGAAUGGUAUCGCUGUCUACACCUGCAGUGAUGGCUACAGGCUCCACAGAGACACAGGUGACACAGUAACCACAUGUUUAGACAUUGGUGCCUGGAACUUCAUCAAUGUAACGUGUGUACAGAUAGAAAUGCCGCUUCCAUCUGUAUCAGGCGGGCGGCGAGGAGAGGGACGUUCCCUCACCUACGACCUAUCAAAGGUUCCUCCUGCAGAGUCCCAGGGAACACAAGGACUCAUAGUGGCCCUGGCUGUAGUGGCAGGUCUCCUGACUGCUGCUAUGUUGGUUGUUGGGACCCUGCUAGCGAGGCGCCACCUUAUUUCUGGUCCUGGUUCACUCCGCUCGCUGGUUAGGUCAACGCCGACCAAAGACACAACACUUUAUGGUGUCAUGGUAGGACCCAGACACAAUGACGGUGCUGUAACUGUAAGUAACACCAGCAUUGUGGGGAGUAGUGAGAGGCCUGUGGUAGGAAAUCCAGUGCCAGUGGAGCCAGGUAUAAGAUCAUCUUUGUAUCAACAGAAUAUUCUCUCAAAUUUGCCUUUAAGGCCAGAUGAUCAUGUGACCUCAAUCACAGAGUCGGAGUUUGAUGAUGAUCCAAACUAUGCCCACAUUAAUGGUCAGGAACCACCGUAUGAACGCGUGCGAACUCGCUCCGAACAUAGUUAUGAAACGCUACGUAAAAAGUCUCUCAUUUCAGAAUUUGGCAGUGAAUCUGGAAGUGUUAAAGAAUCAGGUGACAAAGACAGUAUCGGCUAUGAAUCUGUUAAGGAAAACAAGGAGAAAGAUGCAGGAUAUGAAGUAGUAAAAGAGAAAGACCAUGAUUAUGAAACACUCAAGGAGAAGGAUCCAGGUUAUGAGACAGUUCAAGACACUCCAGAUCAUGGCUAUGAGACAGUUCACCAAUCUGGAGUUCACCAUGGCUACGAAACACUAAAGCCCAAGCCUCCUCCCCCCAGAAUAGGGAUGCAAUCUCCCAUUCCAACUGACAGCGAAGAAAAUGUGCCAGAUAUCUUACAAAAUCUGGCAGAAGAUGCCCCAAUGCCUGAUGUGCCCCCAGAGAUCCUGGCCCUUUAUGCUCGCAUCGAUAAGAGCAAAAAGCGUCGACGUCCAGAUGCUACAGUUGAUUCCGAGCGUGCCCAGGACAGGGAAGCCUGUUCCCCAGUACCACCUACUCCUCCGCACUCACCUGUUAGCCCCAGUAUCAGUAUCAACAGCAGUACUACCACUAUAAGCGACCCCCUUACUGAUGUGAGCUAUGUUAGCGAGGGAGCUUCGGGGAUUUAUGUUGCCAAAGACUUGAUUCGAAAGUUCAACCGACUGACUGGCGAGGACGAGAUAUGUCCACGACCUCGCAGUCGACAAGGGAGCAUUGCUAGUGACACAGGCAGUCUACGUCCUCUCCCACCACUUCCCAAAGAUGCAGCUUCAUCCUUGCAGGAAACAGGGGAAAGUUGCCAGUAAUAUGGACACUCUUCACUCUCCAGCCGCUCGUUAACCCUUCAACAGCUCGGCUAAUUAGAGAUUGUUGCCGGGUGUAUGGUAAUAGCUAGGGGUAUGUGACAAAUAAUAGCUAAACAAAUAUAAAAAAAUUGCAUUUGGAAAUUUGAGUAUAGGAAGUAAUUGCAGAUAGCAAUUGCAGUCAUUUAAGUAUUAAGGAGAAGGAUUCUGCAACAUCUCCAUGCUAGCAUACACUUGACAUUAAUCAGUAUACUGUACAGUAUGUGCACCAAAACACCCUAGAUCCAGAUAUGGUAUAUAUCACAAAAUCACCAUACACAGAAUGGUUCACGCUUAAUUUACUCAUAUUAAAUACUCUUCACUUCAUUCAAUGUGGCCAGUGGCAGCUAGUUUGGAGUAUGGCCAGUUUGAGUAUGGAGUACACAAUAGUGUACUCCAUAUUCGUACUGUGUGGGGCAGUGAAAAAAGAUCACAGAGGGCACUAAAGGUCUUAAUAAGACCUCGGUGGAUAUCUGAUAUUUGCUUUUCACAUUUGUACUAAAUUUCCUUGGCUGAUAUAUUUACAGUAUACUUAAAGAGCUUAUAAAUAACAGACAUGUAGAAUGUAUCCUUACCUGAUAAAAGUUACUAAUAGGUUGAAACAUUAGUGUUGCCGACAUAUAUUCCCUUUGCCAUAUAUAGGAAGCCUGUACUUGUCGAGGCUCCUCCCACUGGGUGAACUACUGACCAUCCCACAGUAAUUGCCUCUUUUCACAUAGUAGUAAAAGGGUUUUUAUUUUGAAAUGUUUGUUUUGUUCGCUUUUUUGUGACAGAACUCAGUAUAGUGAUUAAAUAUAUUUGCACAAAUGUAGUUUGCAGUGGUUUGAUGAUGCAGCGCGGUUCUGAACAGUGUGACAGAGUGGCGAUCAGUCGAGUGUUAUGAUGUAUACUGAUGAAUGUCGAUGGGGUUGCUGUUGGUCCGCAGUACUGUAUAUUCAGAGUUACUAGAUAUAUAACAAAUAUAUACUGUAUAUAUUUGUUACUGAACUACUGGGGGAAGGGAAGGGAACUAUCAGGGGAAAGCGCUAAGCCAUUACGACUAUAUAGCGCAAACCACUGGGGGGGGGGGGGGGGAGCUCGAGUGAAGAUGCUGCGUGUCCGGCCCCCUUAUAUAUGUACCCACCUGAGCCUGUGUUGAACCCAGUUUAGUUUCUCACUUUGGUCAAUGAGAAGCUUGCGUGAUGGUUCGUGGAAUUCUUAGGGUUUUGUUACAGGUAUCAUUAGUGGUUAUUAAAUAGGUUUGUGGAUGUCAUGUGGGAUUAAUGGGAACUUUAAUUGCUUGUAAUAGAACUUCUAAGAAUUUAUAGCAGCUACGUUGCUUGUAAUACAGUUGCUAUAAUUUUAUGGCUUGGUGAACAGUGGCAUCAGGUGAAUUGAAAGGUGCCCAUCUGUUUGCAUGUUGCCCGAGGACUGAACCCAAGUGCCUCACUUGUCAGCACAGGACAUUGUUACAGGUAGACAUUCUUGUUCAUGUUUGUGUACAGCUUUAAAUAAUGUUAUGUACUGUAAAUAUCUUGUAUUCAAUUAUUAGCAUUAAGUUAACUCUAUAAAGUAGAUGUACAGUUUAGUGAUAGUUCACUAAGAUAACCUGUGUUUUGAGGGAAAUUAAUAACAGUAUACCAGUAUGUAAAUAUUUAAUUUUUCCAUAUACGACAAACCUUAAUGAUUUAGAGAUUGUUAAAUCUGUGAAGUGUGGCAAGAAUACUUUGAAUAGAUAAGCUUUAUUAGUAAAAGCUAAUUGUAAUGAAUAUCACUUUGAUUUAGUUAUCUUGGCAUCAGAUCCAAGAGUUAUUUAAUUUAGUAAAUAAACCUUGAGCAUAUA